GCACACGAAGAACAUGCCCUACCCAUUCUGACAGUGACAGUUCUGCAUUCAACUUCAGUUCAGUUUACAAUACAAAGUUUUAGUAUUUUCCUAAAAUAUUUCUGAUUAUCGGCCUUUUUUACUUAUAAAGUAUUGUUAAUCACAAAUUGUGCAUAUCUUCGUCCUUUCCGUGCUGUAAAGUUAGUGGUUUUGUGUGAAAAUGUGAAUAACGUUCUAAAGUUUUCAAACUUUUUUUAGGUUACAAUGCGCGUUCAAAGUUUCUAAGGUUAGUUUUUGAAGUUCCGUUAUCUUUUACGCUUAUCUACAAGUGGUUCAGUGCUUGAAACAUAAUCAAUAAAACACUUGAAAGCAGUUAAGUUGUGGAUUAUGUUUGUUUUAGUAUGUUUUGGACCUUGAAAUCUGUCUGUAAGUUUAGAUAGUUGCGUGGGGUAGUUGGUUGACACCCCAAAAUGCCAUUGUUUUCAUCGUUGUUGAAAAACGUGAAAAGGGAAGAUAUUUCUACACCAACUGCGAACAACAAUUACAAGGAAACUGAGGUAAAUAACAAGAAAGAACCGAUUAAAAAACAGAACGGGGCACAGAAUAGAAACGCAAAUAAUAAUUUGGAUAGUGGCUUAGCGAUGGCUGAACAACCGCCCAAACAAAAGUUGGUGUUUCACUGUCAACAGGCACAAGGAAGUCCCACGGGACUUAUUUCUGGAUUUUCGAAUGUGAAGGAGUUGUACGAGAAGAUAUCGGAAUGCUAUGAUUUUCCUCCUGAAGAUAUUCUGUACUGUACGCUGAACACACACAAGGUUGAUAUGACAAAACUACUGGGCGGUCAAAUCGGAUUAGAAGACUUCAUAUUCGUUCAUAGAAAAGGACGAGCAAAGGAGAUAGAAAUCACAAAGACUGAGGACGCACUAGGCCUGACCAUAACUGACAACGGAGCUGGCUAUGCAUUCAUAAAACGUAUCAAGGAAGGUAGCAUCAUUGACGGAAUCGAGUAUAUCCAGGUUGGCGACCAUAUUGAGAAAAUAGACAAUAUCAACCUGAUUGGUAGACGACAUUUCGAGGUGGCGAAAUUGUUGAAGGAAAUUCCGAAAGGAGCCGUUCUCACCAUGAGACUGGUUGAACCACUUAAGGCUGGAUUCUCAAACAUUGAAGCACGGAGUAACCCUAGAAAAGGCAAGAAACCAGGUUAUGGCACAGGGAAAGAAACUCUACGAUUCAAGGCUAACGGAAAAUGCCAGAUACAAGAAGAGCCGAGUGGAGCCAUGCAGAUUGGUAUUGAUAACAUAAAUCAGCUACUUGAAAAUUUCAUGGGAAUUAAUGACAGCGAGCUAGCGACACAAAUCUGGGAGCAGGCGGACGGCAAGCAGAACAGUAUGGACUUCGCCGAAGCCAUUGACAACUCAGACCUGGAGGACUUUGGAUUCACUGAUGACUUUAUCAUUGAGCUCUGGGGAGUCAUUACCGAUGCUAGAUCCGGCCGAUUGAUACAUAAAACUAGCUGAAAGGAUUAGAUAAUAAUAACUGAGAGGAUAUAUAAAAUAUGAUGCAAAUUAAUAUAUAUAAUGUGUUGAGAGAAAUAUUGAAUAAAGUCUAAUUUAAUACUAA